AAGAGUCUUGAUUUGAAGUCAGUAAGCUCCUCCCCUUUUAAGGAUCCUGAGUAUCAGGAGCUUCUUACUGGUGGAAGAUGAUUAAAUUCCCAGCACAGACUGGCUCACACUGAUCACUCUGGGCAUCUCUCUGCACAGGAGCUUACUGGAAACAGGGUCACCUGAAGCUUGUUUGAUCCCAGUGUGUAGAGCCACACCACCAACAUGACCAAGAGCAGUGGGGAGAAGCAGCGCGCGCGCAGUCGCGUGCAGCAGAUCCGCCAGGGAAUUCAGGCCAGGUCCCUCAAAGCGAGGAAGACGGUGGAGGACAUCUCUAAAGAUGACGUCAAGACCUUUCUGAGGAGAAAUGCUUUUGUGCUGUUUACUGUUGGAGCCGUGGUUGUUGGCAUCACGCUUGGAUUUGCUUUGAGGCCGUACAAGAUGUCCUACAGAGAAGUGAAGUAUUUCUCCUUUCCUGGAGAAUUAUUGAUGCGAAUGCUGCAGAUGCUGGUGCUUCCUCUGUUGGUCUCAAGUUUAAUUACAGGCAUGGCAGCAUUGGACAGUCGUGCGUCGGGAAAGAUGGGCAUGCGUGCGGUCAUAUACUACAUGACUACAACUUUCAUCGCGGUGUUUAUCGGCAUCAUUAUGGUCCUGAUCAUCCAUCCGGGCAAAGGCUCAAAAGCUGAAUUCGCCAAACAGCAGAAGAUCGCGGAGGUCAGCCCCGCAGAUGCCUUCCUAGAUCUGAUCAGAAACAUGUUUCCACCCAAUCUGGUUCAGGCCUGCACUCAACAGUUCAAGACCCAGUACGGCAAGAGGACCAUACAAGUAAAGGUGCUAGUUAAUGACUCUAUAUUUAACCUAACUAAUGCAACCCAGGAGAUCACCAAAGAGGAGGUUAUUCCUCUGCCCGGCGCCACCAACGGGGUUAAUGCCCUCGGCCUGGUGGUGUUUUCAAUGUGCUUCGGUUUCAUCAUUGGGAACAUGAAGGAACAAGGAGAGGCUCUGAGAGACUUCUUUGACUCGCUCAACGAGGCCAUCAUGCGACUUGUUGCUAUUGUUAUGUGGUAUGCACCCAUCGGUAUCCUCUUUCUGAUCGCUGGAAAAAUCGUGGAAAUGGAUGAUAUCACCGCGAUGGGCGGACAGCUGGGCAUGUAUACGAUAACGGUCAUAAUUGGUCUCAUGAUACACGGCAUAAUCGUCCUCCCAACUUUGUACUUCGUCAUCACACGAAAGAACCCCGUCAUCUUCAUCACCGGUUUACUGCAGGCUCUCAUCACGGCUCUCGGUACAUCAUCCAGCUCGGCCACUCUCCCGGUCACCUUCAAAUGCUUGGAGGAGAAUAACAAAGUCGACAAACGUGUGACACGAUUCGUGCUUCCUGUCGGGGCUACGAUUAACAUGGAUGGAACAGCGCUGUAUGAAGCCCUGGCAGCCAUCUUUAUCGCUCAGGUUAACAACAUGGAAAUGAACUUCGGCCAGAUCAUAACUAUUAGCAUCACAGCCACUGCUGCAAGCAUCGGGGCGGCAGGAAUCCCUCAGGCUGGUUUGGUCACCAUGGUGAUUGUACUGACCUCUGUCGGACUCCCGACUGAUGACAUCAGCCUCAUCAUCGCAGUUGAUUGGUUCUUGGAUCGACUGCGCACCACGACCAAUGUCCUGGGAGACUCCAUAGGAGCUGGAAUUGUGGAGUUCCUGUCCAAAGAUGAGCUUCAGGGCGGCGAUGUGGAGUUGGGAAGCUCUGUGCUAGAGGAGAACGAAGUAAAGAAAGCUUAUCAGAUGAUCCCUCAUGAGAACGAAUAUGAGAACGAGAAGCCACCAGACAGUGAAACCAAGAUGUAGAGUCCAAAUAUCGUCCAAUAUGUCCAACCAAGGAUUUGUGUGAGCGUGUGUUUGUGCACCUGCAGUGGCCCCAUGAAGUAUUAGACAUGAUUGUAGAAUAAAAUAUAAGACCAAGUGUCAAUUAUUUUGAAGAAAUAUAGCACAAUAUUUUAAACAAAAUGUUUGUUGGAUUUUAGAAACAUACAUCUAUUUUUCAAAGUUAGGGCAAAAAGUAUUUGGACACUUUCUGGUUGUCAAUUUUUGUGAAACAAGUGCAUAUAAAUGUGAUUUCUUUGUGUAAGGAGAGCUGUAUUUGGUUACUUUGUUAGGCAGCUGUUUAAAACUGAAGGGAACUGACUUUAUGCAUCCAAUGAAAAUGAUAUUCAGACAAACUGGUUGAAAGUAAUGGUAAGUUAUGUAUGAAGAUAUGAAGUUAUUUCUGGAAGAUAAGGUUUGUGAAAGGUUUAAGACACUGUACCUGUUGACUGUUCAUUUCUUCAGAUUUGUUUUAUAUCAUGUGUUUCCAUUUUGUCCUUUUACAGCAAUUCUUCUCUUGGUUAUCUCUGAUAACUUGAUAAGAUGGGAGAGUUUUACCUUUACAGAAAAUAUAAUAACAAAUUUUAAAAUGUAUUUUAUAUUAAUUUUUCAUAAUUGUAAUUAGUUGAAAUGUGACUGUGGGUACAGAGUGCAUUUGUGUAUGGGUAAUAGCAGCAAGUAAAAAAAAAGAAAGUGAUACACUGGACUGAUUUUAAGGAAAAUUUUUGAUUUUCUCACUGUAAAUUAUUCAUCUGAUCAGCAGAGAGACAUGUGUUACAUUUUGUUUAUAUGACACUUUUGGCAUGGGAUAGAUCCGAAUGCAUGAUCAUCUAAACAAUGCGGAUAAAAUAUAUCAAACUGUAAAUAUCAGUUAUAUUUAGUUUUAUAAGCUGCUUUACACAUCUUUAUAUCUUAUUAAUAUUACUUAGUAUUUCAGCAGGUAAUACAGAUGUUUGAGUUUUCUUUGCAGUAUUCUCUACACACUUGCAUUUAUGAGAUUUUAUUGUUUUCUAUUAUCCUGCAAGAUUUUCUGACCCUUGUGUUGUCAUUUGCUAACAUGAAUAAUAAAUAAAAACAACAUUUAGCUGCUAGUGGUUGUUAACAAGAAUAGGGACUAAAUGUUUAUGUAUUAGGAGCCCUGUGAUUGCAAUGCCAUACAUCAUUUUAAAAAUAAAUGCUAUAUACACAAGCUGGACUCACAUUUACUCAACUUAACUGUAAUGUGUUGGUUUUUGCCUUUAAAAAAAGCUUAAUUUGCUGUAUAUUUCCUGUGAAGUCCCUCAAAAUGAAAUGGAUUAUUAGAUAUUUUAUAGAAUAUAAGAUUGUACAACAUAAAAUAUGAAUUGUAAUUGUUAAAUAUAGUUUUGAAUAAAAUGGCGAUGCAUCGUGUGAAA